AUGCGCUUCGCACUUGUGUACCUUUUCGCCGCCGCAUUCCCGGCCAUUCCCGUUCUCGCCCAAAGAGGACGUGGCGGUGGUGGCGGUGGAGGUGGUGAUAACGGUGGUUUCUUCAACCAUGGCGGCGAUGGCAACGCCCCCAGCACCUUCGUCACUAGAACCUCUGCGGCCCCUCCAGCUGGUGGCACAGCUGCCCCUCCUCCGCCUGCUGCUGCUACCACCGCGGCAGGUAAUGGGGGAGCUUCUGGAGGGGGUAACUCUGGCUCAGUCGAUACCUCGCUCAUUCCCCCCUUCGGCAUUACUCCAGGUGUCAAGGCAACCGACGGGACUGCGAACUGCGUCGGUGACAAUGGAGUGAACAUUCCAUGCAACUGCCCACCCGACUUGAACACUUUCGCCAGUGCCGUCGAAGACUCUGUCGCAGCCGGGAUGGCCUUCCCAUCUGGCAAUUCUGCACAAGACCAGCUCACCCGUCUUCAGACGUGCAUCAUCACCCUACAGAACUUUAGGGGAGGCGCCGGGAGUGGUGUUGGAUGUCCCCUUGUCGCCACGACUUGGAAGGAGUUGCAGACGCAGUUGCAGUCGGAAGCCUAG